AUGUGGUUGUCUUGCUCCAUUCAUUCACUUCUCGUGUUCGCCUUCUUAGUUCUUAUAAUGAUGGGCACAGCGGCGGAUAAGAGCGCCGUUUUGACCUUGAAAGAGAAUUCAGCAGAGAACAUUGAAGGUUGCUAUGGUCAAAGGAAAGGCCACGCUUUGUGUUUCGUCAUAAACGAGACAUUUGUUCACUUGAAGAGCAAAGAUAACAGAACGUUAGCUCACUUCAGGGACCUACAGGAUGAAAUGUUUCUCUUUCAAGUACUGGACGAUGUGUUUCUCGGGGAAAAGUCGUCUAAAUUUCCUGUGCAUCUCAAUGCAAGCCACAGCAACCUACAUGACAAUACCCGGAAGGAUAUCUUCUACUUGGAACACAAACAUCUCAUGACAAACCGAGAUUCAUUUGCUGACAAAUUCUAUUCGGCAUUGGACCGGCUGAAGAACACAACGAAGCUUGUGUUAUUGCACCACCUGUCGACUCAAUUGAAAAAGAACGUAGGUAACCACCCACUCUUGAUGCGGUUCCACAUGCUUGCCAUGACUUUAGAAGCAAAAUACGGCUCUAAUGACAGCGUUGUCCCUGAAAGACGAUGGAGCAAUGAAGAUGGACGAUACAAAGAAAGGAAGACCAAGUUUGGACACGUUCGAAAGAAAAGAACACUUUUUCAAGAAGAGAAAGAGAAUUCUUGUCAAGAUUUGAGGUCUGAUCCCAAUAACAACGAUUGUCUAGGAAUGUGCGGCUACGGAUGUUCAUGUUGGUAUUUUAUUUGUGGCAAUUGUUGCCAAAAUCGGCUUUGCUUUGAACAUGACAAAUGUUGUCGACAUGACAUGUACACCAUAAACUGCCUCAUUCCGAUUGUUCAUUCAUUGAGCUGUGAAGACGGGUAUGGUGGCUACCCCAGCUGCUUACAAUGAGUACACUUCACACUCCGCGCAUACAGAUUCCCGAAGGAGGGAGGGAAGGGGGAAGGAGGUAGGGUCAACCUUUGCUGAGUAUGUGCCUCUGGCCUUUUAGAACCUCUACCCCAUUAUAGUAUAUUCUGUUGCCAAUUAUAGACCUUAUCUUAGCUACCUUUAGUAAUACGGUCACAACAAUCUGCACAUUUUUAAAUCCCUAUUUACCAAAAUUUUCUUACACCCAAAAUACCGAAAAUGCGCGGUCCCAACUAGUGGUGAAAAUGCGACUUAGUCCAACGGCACGUCUCCAUUAGCCUCUUUCUAGAAAGUACCGCGUCCCGAUUACCUUUUAACUGUGUAACUGCUGAGCACGUGCUCAAACUAGUUUUGUAGAGUGGAGAGUGUUUUGCAUUGCAUAAGCACGAACACAACUUGUUAACCUAAACAUUUAAGGGAGGUCGGCUGAAUAUAUACUGUUCAACUAAAAACCAGAUCUUACUUGUCAAAUUAGGAGCUUUACCCCACGUGAAGCUCAUAUAGGGACCAGUCUGGAACAGUCACUAUUUACCACGUGACCACCCAUAAGGCUAUGAAUUAUUCUUAUG